AUACAGAAAUGUCGGGGCACGGCCGGAGAUUGGCCACGGAUUGCUGGAAGGAAAUGAAGACGGCGGUGAUCAAUGACACGUGGCUGCCGAUGUUGAAGCUGCCGUACCACUGUCUGUGCUGCAGCUACAAGGAGAUCGGGAAAGACGCGUGGCAGUGCGUCCAGUGCUGGACGCCGCUCAGCCUCACCGUCCUCUUGCUCUGGCUCCUCUACCGCCCCGACCGCUUCCACCCCACCGUCGACUCCGCCUCCCUCGCCUCCCUGGACCUCAACGGCAACUCCCUCCGGUACAACCUCACCGUCGACCUCAGCUGCCGAAACUCCAACAGACUGAGCAUCAGCUACCUCGACGUGGGUGCCAGCGCCUCCUACAACGGCACCAGCCUUGGUCUGGCCGGGAACUCGCUCCCGGGUUCCUUCCGGCAGGGACCCAAGAACACGACGGUGCUGCACGCGGUUUUCCAGGGCAUGGUCAUGGUGGCUGACGUGCAAGUGCAAGAGGGGUUGGCCAAGGAGCUGGAGAGGGAGCGGGGCUCUGGGGCGAUGCAUGUGAGGGUGCGCGUGGAUCUCACCAUCAUGUACAAGGUGAUUGUGAAGGAGAUCUUCUUCAACAGCUAUGAGUGCUACCUACCAUUCACCCCGCUGCCGAAUGCCGUCUUCCUCAGCAACAGCGCGCCGUGCUUCCGCGUUUGACGGCUUCGGUUUUCCCUACUCGCAUCAUAUAUCCCAAUGGAGAGGACCUCGGUUUUAUGCAACGAGUCUGUUAGAAAUGUGUUAAAGUAGUAGUAUCUGAGCGUCCUUGUUCAGGUUCGAUUUGUUUCCUUUAAGCGUCCUCCGUUUUAUUAGUUAGAUUAGUUUGCUACUACUAGUUGCAGUAUGUGUCCUCAGCUCUUCUUCCUUCUGUAUCCCCAUUGUA